GAGCUGAUCUCUCAUCUCCCACGUUGCGUGUGUCUUGGAAUGGCGGACCAAUCUAGAAGCAUCUUCCCGCAGGGCAAGGGAGAGGAGGUGGUAGGAGGGUAGUAGGUGACCGUGAAAUGGGAUAGGCGAGUCACUAACAAGAAUGGCUGCAAUUCUCACCAAAUCUGGUAUCGGUUCCGCGCACCCCAUUUCUGGAGGAGGGGGUAAUGCAGUCCUUGUCAGAACCCUUUCCUUUUUCCUGACCCUUCUACAAUGCUGAUCUCGAAGAGUUAUGCUAUGGUACACGUGUAGUCCAUGGAUUUACUUUUUUUCUCCCCACGAAUGAGAUCGUUUCCCCUGUUGUGAUGGCAGGCACGAUAGGUAGGCAAUAAUAAUUCAUUUCUUCCCCUCGUGGCCAGACGUCGACAGCUUGCAAGCACUCACUCUCUGCAAGGUGAGGUAUACUGAGGAGACCGACGAGCUGAUCAACAAAGUAAAGCCUUGCAAACGUUAGUGUACAAUUGACUCACACAGUUACGUACAUCGAUUACGACUCUUAAUGUGACACAAUUUGGGAAGCUCUUCUGGCCUUGAUCUACAUCGUUUCACAAACCGGCCCAAGCUCGGAUAUCUUCACGAUGGGAGAAGGAAGGUAUAGUUACUCAGCCACGUUCCGGUGGUAACCAAAUCCCACCCUACGAACCGGCCUACGUAUUCGAUUUCUAUCGUCUUCGAGUGGCAAAUUCAACCUCCCAGUUUGCCAAGAUGAACAAGAUGGCUUUCGUUUCUAGGAAAACACAUUCCAACUGCUAUGACGAGCGUGGACGAGUUCGUGAUACAUACGCUUGGAAAUCCACUGUUUCGCCCAUCAUCGGGGAUUUUUCUUUCGAGGAUAAUUCAAAGUCGUUCAUGUGCAAAAAUUCACCGGUACGGCCAUACAUUGCCCGUUCCGGAGACCGGAGCGGAUUUGCCAAGUCGCCCCCAAAGUCAACUCAGGUGAAGCUCGAAGAAAUGCACUACUAUAUCGGAUCAUUUCAACAACAAACCGCAUGUUUCUCCUGUUCGGCUCGGUUAAGAUUACCUGGAGUGAAUAACAUAGAGAAGGCAAUGUGGAUAACACUUACUCGCUACCGGUCACACGGUAAUGUAUCCGGGAACAUUGACUAGCUACCUAGCCGCUUUUCCCUCGAGAAGAGUUAUGUGGUGGAACUGUCCAGUUGAGUGUUACCCUAAGCUAGGUGUUUUGGUAAGAUCCAGAGCAGUCGAAUUUGUGCGCAUCAUGACCCAACUCAAAGCCAAAGACGUAGAUACAUGGCAAGCAUAUCAUAGGUAGGCAGCGAGAUACUUGUCAUAUCAACCCCAACCUGAUAUUUACCUAGCGGUGACAGCUACGACGAGGGAAGCAGAUAU